UAGAGCUUAAAAAUCAUUUUCUGAAAUCCCUUGGUAUGCAAAAUAAUCUCAGCUCGACAAUGGCUGCGUUAGCUUCUUCUCUUUCUUCCUCAGUAGGAUACCAAAAUUCAUCACUUUUUUCUGGACCGCUAUUCAAGGCAAAGGCGCAAAAUUUGAGACAAUUUUACAGUGCUAGGCUGAAAGUAAUGGCUGCCAGUGAUGGGUCUGCUAAGAAACCGAGUAAGCCUAAAAAAGAAGUUGUGGACCCUUCAGUUCCUUCAUGGGCUAAACCCGGUUCGGAUGAGCUUCCUCCAUGGGCCGAACAAGAAACCCAAAAAGAUUCCUCCACCUUUCAGCUUCCCUUUGUGGUUUACUUACUUGGAUCUGCUGUCGUUGCCAUUGCUGCGAUUGGUUCUAUUUUUGAGUAUGUGAAUCAAAAGCCUGUGUUUGGAGUUUUGAACUCGGACAGCGUGUUCUAUGCUCCUUUGCUUGGAUUCUUCGUAUUCACCGGCAUUCCUUCUUCUGCAUUUCUUUGGUACAAAUCUGUUCAAGUUGCUAACAAAGAGGCAGAGGAACAAGACCGGAGGGAUGGAUAUCGGUAGAGUCAUUUGAUAGCAUUGUCAUUCCCGAGUAUAAUUUUUUAUCUUCGAACUAAUCUGAAUUUUUAUAGAGCCAUAUCAGUUCUCUUACAUACCAUUUUUUCUUGUGCAGACACGCUUAUAUUUAAAUGUUUCAUUGUAAAUUCCAAUCAUCUACAUAUGUUUCAAUGAACAUUAUGCUACUACAUUCUUGAAUGCUUGGUUUCCAUGCACUAGGGAUAAGAAGAGUUCUAUUAAUAAUGUUUAAAUUUUA